AGAUUCACAUCUGUUUACGAGCGUCGUGUAUAAACAGAAUGUGCAUUGCCAUGGUAUAAAAGGCUAGAAAAUACGUUGGAAAGUUGCAGUUCUCACUUGACCGCCUUAUAUACCAUGAGAUACGAGGGAGACACGAGGAUCAAGGUCAGUAUCGCCUUGACCAUCACGUUGGCGCUCGGCCAUCGAUCACGAGCCGGCGUGAUAUCCCUCGAAGCGGAGGCUUUACACGGACAACAGGAUCCAGUGCAGCACAGUUCACUGGCCAACUCGUACCUGCAGUUUCACGGGCCCGUCGAGGGGCCAGUGUUUGAGGUGAAAGUACCGUACGCGGAGAAUCACGAGGACAGCUCGAACAAUUUACACGGACACGAGCAACAGGAACACGGUUACGAGUUUGACUAUGUCGCGCAUCCGAAGUACGAGUUCUCGUACGGCGUCGAGGAUCAUCAGACUGGCGAUUUCCAUGCUCAGAAAGAAACGCGAGAUGGAAGCAGCGUGUCCGGCCAGUACAGCGUGAAGGAACCAGGUGGUAGCAUUCGUGUGGUCAGCUACCGCGCCGACAAGGAUGGAUUUCAUGCCGUGGUGCACACUUCCGGCAAGAACGACCACUCGGCUGAUAUCUACGUCGGUCAAGGCCAGCUUCCAGUUCACGAUCACCAAACUGCGGCGCAACAGGAACAAGACAUCCAAGAUUACGUCGCCUCGUACACCACCAACGAAGGAUAUUGAUCCUUUCGUGAUCGAUCGAUCGUUUAUCGUUUUGUACCUGUUUGUUACGCUUCGCUGUUUCAUGUUUUCACUGUACCAAAGGCUUUCAUCGUUGCUUAUCAUCCUGUAGAUUGCCGCGGAGAACGAUUAUAUUGUAAAUAUAGAACAUUCCUUUUAAUAAAACACCACCGUAUCAGAGUGGAACGUUUUGAAACCAACUCUCUUCGCGUUUAAUCCGCGCGUCACGGUAUGCUCCAUCAGGCAUCGUUUAUCCUGACAUAAAAUACAAGAUGUCAAAUGGAUAAAGCGUUACGUAAUUAUUUGCGAUCGAAAGGAAGGAUAGUCGUCGCGAAAGGAGGUCGAUCGUCGAUGAAGCGCAACUCGGCUACACCCGAGCACAGUCAUACGCGGCACGUCGUUAAGGCGCGUCUCGUCUGAUCAAUUUGAUACCAACGGAACGUCGUUAUCGCGAGUGGAUAAAGACAAAAGGAGAAAAG